UUCUUUAAAAGUAUCUGUAGGCAUACUGUAAUUGUACCUUUCUUUUCUUCACAGGCAUUUGUAAAGGAUGUACAUGAAGACUCGAUAACAGUUGCAUUUGAAAACAACUGGCAACCAGAGAGACAAAUACCAUUCCACGAUGUGAGGUUUCCACCACCUGCAGGCUAUAAUAAAGACAUAAAUGAAAGUGAUGAAGUGGAGGUUUAUUCCAGGGCAAAUGAAAAAGAACCCUGCUGCUGGUGGUUGGCUAAAGUGAGAAUGAUAAAGGGUGAGUUUUAUGUAAUAGAAUAUGCAGCCUGUGAUGCUACGUACAACGAAAUUGUCACAAUUGAGCGUUUGAGAUCUGUGAACCCUAACAAACCCGCAACAAAAGAUACUUUCCAUAAAAUCAAACUGGAAGUACCAGAGGAUUUAAGGCAAAUGUGUGCCAAAGAGUCUGCACAUAAGGACUUCAAAAAGGCAGUUGGAGCUUUUUCUGUAAUAUAUGAUUCCGAAAACCAUCAGCUUAUUAUUUUAUCAAUCAAUGAUGUAACAACGAAGCGGGCAAAUAUGCUGAUUGAUAUGCACUUUCGAAGUCUUCGUACUAAGUUAUCCCUGAUUUUGAGAAAUGAAGAAGCUAGCAAACAACUGGAGAGCUCUAGACAACUUGCAUCACGAUUUCAUGAACAGUUUGUUGUUCGUGAAGACCUAAUGGGUUUGGCUAUUGGCACUCAUGGUGCUAAUAUUCAGCAAGCCAGAAAAGUCCCUGGAGUGACUGCCAUUGAUCUUGAUGAAGAUACCUGCACAUUCCAUAUUUACGGAGAGGAUCAAGAUGCAGUGAAAAAGGCAAGAAGUUAUCUUGAGUUUGCUGAAGAUGUCAUACAAGUCCCAAGAAAUUUAGUAGGGAAAGUAAUUGGAAAAAAUGGGAAACUGAUUCAGGAGAUAGUGGACAAAUCUGGUGUUGUAAGAGUGAGAAUUGAGGCUGAAAACGAUAAAAAUAUUCCGCAAGAAGAGGGAAUGGUACCAUUUGUAUUUGUUGGAACCAAGGAUAGCAUCACUAAUGCAACUGUUCUUCUGGAUUAUCAUCUUAAUUAUUUAAAGGAGGUGGACCAGCUACGUUUGGAAAGAUUGCAAAUUGAUGAGCAGCUUCGACAGAUAGGAGCUACUUCUAGGCCACCACCAAAUCGUACAGAUAAAGAAAAAGGAUAUAUGACUGAUGAUGGUCCGGGGCUCGGAAGAGGUAGUCGACCUUACAGAAACAGGGGGCAUAGCAGACGUGGUCCAGGCUAUGCUUCAGGAACUAAUUCUGAAGCAUCGAAUGCUUCUGAAACAGAAUCUGAUCACAGAGAUGAACUUAGUGAUUGGUCAUUAGCCCAAGCAGAAGAGGAACGAGACAACUACCUUCGCAGAGGAGAUGGGCGAAGACGUGGAGGUGGUGCAAGAGGGCAAGGAGGGAGGGGUCGUGGAGGAUUCAAAGGAAAUGAUGAGCAGUCACGAACAGAUAACCGUCAGCGUAAUUCAAGAGAUGCGAAAGGGAGAACAGCAGAUGGAUCUCUACUGGUAAUUUUUACCUUCUUAGAACUAUGCAGUGUUUAAAAUUUCAUGAUUGUUAUAUACUAACAGUAGAUUCUUCACUACAGCAGCUGAUGCAGUAGCCUUGUGGUUCCUCAUUUUCUAAUAGCAUUUACAAGAAUAGCCAUGUUCUCUAUUUUUUUUUUUUUUAGCAUUCAUGCUACUUGAUACAUCAAGAUGCAGCUACCUAAUGUGGAGGCUGCUGGUCUUUGUUUUGUAUCAGUCUCUGAUAGUA